CUAUGUUUGGGCGAGUACGGCGCGCCGCAUUGCUAGUCCUUGGCAUUCUCCAUCCAAGCAGUGCUAAUGCCCACGGCACUCACAUCACGUCCUUCGAAGAUGUUCUGUCGGCGCAACCGAGUGCGCAAGACUACUCCGUUGUCAAUUACGUAUCGAUCGAGCCACGCGAUGGCCACGAAUCGUUUGCCCCUGACGCUCCGUUCCCUCCAUCCCUUCACAUUCAUAUCCGCACGAGCAAUCACAUCGACUUGCAAUUCGACGUCAAUCUCAAACGUGACCUGUUUGCUCCCGACACUUUCGUGUGGGCCCAUGAAGGCCCCGAGCUCGCGCUGUUGAAGUCGCACAAGCCCCACCACAUUGCCUACGAAGGGAAACUGCCUCAAGGAUAUAUUCGCCUCACGAUGUUUGAAGCCCACAAGUUCCACGCUACCGUCAAACUACACGACAAGAUUGUGGUCGUCGAUCCCGUCGAGCAGCACAAGGUUGCCCAUCAACUGGACUCGCCCGUGACAGGCUUGGUUGCGUACACGAUGCCACUAGCCGCCGCGACACUCUCUGAAGACCACCACCACCGCCACCUGACGACGACGUACGGUCGAAUGACGGCAUGCACGUGGACUGCCCGCCAAAUUACUGUCGGGGUUGCAUCGGAUGCCGGGUUUACUUCCGAGCAUGGCGGGGCGGCGCAAACUCAAAGCUACCUCAUCGCAGUGUACAACUCCAUUAACGGAUUGUACGACGACCAAGUGGGGGUGCAUUUGACGAUUGGGGCGUUCUUGAUUCAAACCGCCCCCGGGGGAGCUGCUUGGAACGUCGAGCCACAAACGUGCGGCCCCAUGGUCGACAUGAACAUCCAGCUGAAUGCUGUCAAAUCGUGGGUCGCCGGCGGAGGAAUUCCCCUGUGCAACCAAGAAAACUGCGGACUCUGGCAUGUCCACACCAACUGCGACGCGGACCGCACUCGCACGGGAAACACGGCGGGUCUUGCGUGGGUGGGGACGCUGUGCAGCAGCACGAUGGGUUACAACACGGGCGUGUCCAUCGACGCGGGCGCCAUGACAUGGGUCAUCGUCGGUCACGAAAUUGGCCACAACUUUGGCGCGGACCACACAUUUGCCGAGGGGGGAAUCAUGUCGUACGACUGGAAUUCGCCCGUAAAGUUUUAUGACAAUGGCCAAGUGUGUGCGUUCGUUCAAAGCGUGUUGGACAAGUGCCUGAAGCCGUACACUUCUGACGGAGCCGCCACAACUCUGUCGCCCACGACGACGACAGCAGCGACACCUGGUACGUCCACCCCCCAACCCACAAGUUCAACGCCCCGCCCAUCCACAACACCUGCCCCCACGGCCCAACCUACGACGACAUCGAGGCCAACGUCGACAGUCCGACCGACAGCGACGACUCCAAGCCCAACGACAACAUUUCGUCCUUCCACGACCACGCCCCCGACCACCACACCAAGCUGGGAUCCGUGCGCUUGCUCGACGGAAAACAUGUGCCGUGAACUGGUCCGACCUGGAUGUCAAACGUUCUUGGACAAACGGUAUUGCUACGUUGUCGGCUACGAACAGUGCGCUCGUGCAAAGCCUUCCGCGACGUGCACAAACGCCGACGGCAAGACACUGUACUACCUCGAGUUUGACGGUGAAUGCCCGCUGCAGCCCCCGAUCGAACACCCGCCAGCGACUUCCACGCAGAGCCCGCCGACGACGAUAUUUACCACGACAGCGAGCCCCACAACAACCAGAGUCGCCCCAACCACCGUAACUAGCGCCCCCACGACAACGACGCAGAGCCCCACCACAACACCGACCCUAGUUUCGGCUAGUCCGACCCCUUCAACAUCCAUUGCAGUCGAGACAACUACAUCGUUGCCACACACAACCUCCCCCUCCACCACUCCAGUUCCGACCGCCACUUCGACGUCUCCCCUGCCAACUACGCUCGCUCCCUCUGAUCCAUGCAGCUGCUCGACAGAUUCCAAGUGCCCGACCAUCGGCGGCGGCGGGUGCCAAACCUUCCACGGCCGUUCUUGGUGUUACGUAAAGGACCCCUCAAAAUGCGUGGGGGCGGCGUUCUACGACUCGGUCGAUUGCGCUGGUCAAAAGUACAUGCAGUGCGACCCGUCAACGAAUUCCUCCCUUCCGUCGCCUCCAAAGGACCCGUGCGCGUGCAGCACGACGUUGAAAUGCCCCGAUGUCAGCUCUCAACCAGGGUGCUUUCUGGCCGACCGAGCGAGCUACUGUUUCGUCGAAGACCCCACCACGUGCUUUGGUCCGUCUGUUCGGUCGUCCUUGGUGUGCCCUCGCCAGAAACUCCGCCGCUGCUCGUCGCACGAGACCUCGGCGUCGCAUUGGGUCGUUAGCGAAUGGUCCAAAUGCUCAAAAGCGUGCGGCGGCGGCGUCAAAGUACGUACGGCUUCGUGCAUGGACGAGAAGGAAAGCAUGGUGUUGCCAAACGCGUCGUGCGCGACACCUGCGCCCGUCGACUCAAUCCUGUGUAAUAUCCGGUCGUGCCCCGUGACGGCGUUCAAUAACACAACGCCUUGCAUUGGCCCGCCCCACUCCACGUGCCAGCCUCGCGCCCACAAACGACUAUGCGACUGCGCGUGCAACGUGGGAUACGUUUACCACCGCCACCGCCGCGAAUGUGUCCCGCUCCCAGCGGUGGAAUUUCACAAACUGAAAUGUCCAGAGUGCACGGGGGAUGUGCAUGGCCCAGAGAGCUUUGAAGUGCGAUCACACGACAUCGACGAGUUGAAUCCCACGGUGUGCAAUGGCCAAGAAGACGGCACGACUGCUAUGUCGGCAUCGUGGUUGGCCGCGUUCGAGCCGGAGUCGACGGCAACCACCAGCAAAAGCUCCACGGAGGCAACGAACAUUGCAAUGAUCGCCAUUGCCACGUGCAUUGCUGCGAUCGCACUUGUGCUGGUCGUGCUGGCCUAUCGUCGCCGCAAUGCCCUCCAACCCACCACGCAAAUCCAAACUCCCGUGUAUAUCGUGGGGUCCACUCCCGGGGCCUUGCUGUAGCUGUGUCGAUUUUGAAUGAUAACGUCACGAUGUGUGAUUUGCUGUGACAAUAG